CCCCGAGUAAAAUUUCGAGCAUACCCUUAUCCUUUCCGGCCAGCGCCGGCCACAGGCCACAGCUGCUCCAACCGCCACCAUGGCCGCCACCGCCACCGCCACGUCCCUAGGCCUCGCUCUCCACCGCCGAGACCACGACCCUAGCUCCCACCGCCGCCCCGUCCCCUCCUCGUGCCUGACCUCUACCUCCGCCUACCGCAUCCGCAGGGCCAAGUGCUGCCGCAGGGGUGUGCCUCCACCGUCCGCCGCCGCCGCCGCCGGCGGUGGUCUGGAAGGAAAUGAUAUUAGCACCAUAUUGAAGCAUUCACUUAACAACGAAACGAUGCCUUCAUCAAGCACAAAAGCUACUUCCUCCAUGGCUGACCAUGUUUCUCUUAGCAGCCUCCACCACCACCCUAGCAGCCAGUCUUCCUGUUUUGCUACCUCAAAACCAAACCAUGACAGUACCCAUAAAUACAACCACUCCCCAAAAAUUCCUAGGCGGUCUCUCGCCUUACUCCCUGCCUCCUCUCUUCUCUUCUCUGCGUCCUCCUCCUUUGCCAUAGACAAUGCAAACGCUCCAUCCUCCUCCACAAUUGACACCACCAUCACCGACCGCAUAUUCAUGGACUUUAGCAUCUGCCCAAGCUUCUUUAGCAAUGACCGCACGUUAGGAGCUGAACUUGCUUCAUGCCCUGAUUCCGAGCCCCUCGGACGUGUAGUCUUUGGUCUCUAUGGUCGGCUACUCCCGAUCACUACUGCCAACUUCAAAACUACCUGCACUACUUCUGCAUAUCGAGGCACACUUGUCCACAAGGUGCUUCAAGGUCAGUUCUUUGCUGCUGGCCGACAAGGUUCUCGGCGUGAUAAGGGCGUGGUCCAACCUCCCUCAAAGCUUGUGAGAAAUGUUGAGACUGUUGAUCCUAAAGCGUAUCAACUAAGACAUGCAAGGCCUGGCACCCUAUCCUUGUGUCUUGAGCAGAAUGACGACGACGAUAGCAUCAAACUCAGUCCUGAUUAUCACAAUGUUGAAUUCCUGGUGACCACAGGGCCAGGGCCCUGUCCAGAGCUUGAUGAUCAGAACAUUGUUUUUGGAACUGUAUUAGAAGGAAUGGACGUUAUCACCAGCAUUGCAACCAUCCCUACCUACAAACCAGGUGAAAGGAUCCAAUUCUUCAAUGAUUUUGCACAGCUGAUUGGCGAUGAAAGAGCUCAAUCUGCUAGAGCCAUGUGGGAUCGCCCACAGAAAACCGUGUAUAUCAGCGGUUGCGGGGAGCUCAAAGUGACCAAGCCAUCCCUUUCCCCUCCUAGCUUGCCAUGAUAAGUACUGUAUAGAUGCAAUUUUCCUGUAAUUACUAUUCCAUGUAGCUGUAUCUCUACCUAUAAUAUGAUAUUCUGUAUCUCAUGUAAAUGGCUGGUCAGUGCUGACA